CAACCGCGGGCGAUUAAAAAAUCACACGAUGACCAUAUCGCGAUUAGAUUGAAAUCGAACGCGAACGCAUGGGAUGCAUGAUUAGAUUGAACAAAAGCGAAUGCGAACGUGAACGGACAGGACGCACCACAAAGACGAAGAUUGAGAACGAUUGAAAAAGUUACAGUAUGCACCUACAAUUCCUGGAGAUGGAGAUCGAAGUGCCAGACGGAAAAUUACUGCAAAGGGCAAGCAAAUUGACGAGGAUUGAGAACGAUUGAGAACGAUUGAGAACAGAUCAGAACUGCAAACGGUUCGACUUCCACGUCUCUCCAUCUACACUCUCUCUCACCUCGCGAUCGAACAAGUUCUCGCCGUCAUCUCGCCGUCGUCUCGCGGUACAUCACCAUCGUCUCGCAGCCGUCCAUUGCCGUCUUCUUGCCGUCUUCAAGGGAUCUCUCUCUGCGAGCACGGCGCGAGCGCUGGUCUUCAAGGGACCCUGCAGCUUCGUUCGAUUUCUGUUGGGAAUCUGAGCCUCUGCCGCCGCUGCCGCCGCCGCCGCCUCGGGCCGGACACAGAGCUUCUCGGUGCUAGGGAGAGAGGGGUUUCAAAUUUCAAUUGACGCAGGAUCGCGGUCUGCUUGGUUUGAUGGUGAACAUACAGAGGGGUUCAAAGCAUGCUGAACAAAGACAUGAAUCGAAAAAAUUGCAUAUCUCCAGCCAGAAAAGGUUCAAUUUGAAGGGAUUUUGCGAAUCGAGCUUACCAAGUCGCCGAGCGCGGAAAACAGCUAAGGCUUUAACUCCAACGACCCGUGCAGCCGCCAAAACCCUUCACGCCACCUGAACCAGACAGCAGUCGGGGUUUAAGAAACUCAGAAGAAGACACUGCGGCACUCGUUUGAUCUCGCCGAAUCAAGCAGCAGCAGCAGCAGAAGAAGAAGAAGAAGAAGAAGAAGAAGAAGGAAAUGGUGCACAAAGCGUGGAGGAUAAUUCCCAGGCCUUUGAUGGAGACGGUCCUCAACAACCAUGCUCAGCACCACCGCGUCCCUCAGCCCCUCAUCCUCCACGGCCCUAGAGGCGUCGGCAAGACCACCCUCAUCCUCGAAAGACUCCUCGGCGAGUGGAAUAAAGGUGUUCACGUCACUGGAUACGUGGACUUGGCUCAAUCGAUCAAGGAUCACCACCCGCAGCACAAUGGCUCGUUCCCGUGGUAUUCUUGGUCGAAUUGCGAUCUGCCCAAUCUAGCGACUCUCCAGAAUCAGCUCGAACAAUGCCUCGAAUCCAUGGUGGAAAAGGGUGUCAAGCUCGGUACCAUAACUUCUCAGCAGAUAUUCACGACUAUGAAAAAAUGGCAUGGCCUGAACACAGCGCUUCGACGGAUUCUUGAGAGCAAUCAUGCUUCGAAGACUGUGGUUUCGGAAAAGGUUACUGGUUCUGCAUUGUGGAGUCGGGCAGUUUUCACGCUGUCUACUCAAUGCAAUGCCAAAGAGAUUGAUGGUAUUUUGGGAUUGAAGGAGAAGGGAAGGAGUUUGUCGGUCGAGGAGGCUUCUUAUUUGCGAGAGGCCAUUGUUGCAUUGAAGCUAGCCAAGGAGGUCAUUAAGCUUCAGCAUGGGUGGAGGAGUAAGGCAAUUGCACAUCUGAAUCAGACUGGUGCGUUUUCAAGGUCUCUAGCACAUUCCUGUACUGAUUGGCCGUGUUUACUGUUGGAACUGCUGUCACAAGCUGCUGAACUAGAUCAUUUUCAGCCCAAGUUGGUGAUCAACAACAUAGAUGUGCUAAGACAUGCUAUCUUGACUGAUGAUUCAUCAGUUAGUGCAUCAAUGUACCAUGACAGUUUGAUAUGGAGAAUAAUUGCUUUAGGUGCAAAUGAGAGAUGCCUACCAGUUAUACUCAUCACUUCUGAUAGCUACUACUCCUACAGAGCUUUCAUGGAUUUUGGGUUUCCGGACAUAUUCAUCUCCCGUGAGACCUUUGGCUGGACUCCACAAGAAGCUAAAAUGCAUAUGGUGGCAAAUUUCUUCAGCAAUUCAGAGUGGUUGGUGAUUUCUGAGGUGCUUGGGUCAAAUCCUCGCCACCUCUUCGAGCUCUACACACUCAAACAAAGCAAUUUCUAUAAUAGGGUUAUAAGUGACAAGAAUAGCACAUUUGAAGACAUUGUGGAUGCAUAUUUAGCACACUUGCAGAUUACCACGGUGAAUCCUGCAAUGGAUAAGGCUUUGAAGAUACUUCAGAAGUUUGCUGCUGAUGUGCGAUGUGGACAAAUUCCAAAAGACAGACUCCGUUUUGGUGCUCCUUGGAGGCAUCCUCCAUCUGAUGACAACCCUACACUGAGCUUGGAAUGGGCAAAGCUUCAGCUUUUGGACUUUGUUCAAUCCCUUGAUAAUGCGGAAUUUGGGGUCAAUUACUUUGCUGAUUGUAGCCUCGAGAUCUUUGACGAUCCAUCUGCUGUAGCAUUAAUUGAGGUUGGUUUGCUCUAUACACAAAGGGAUCCUUCUUUCAUUCGCCCUGUGUCACGAGGUAUUCAGAGGUGUCUUGUGAGAUGGCUUGUGCAGGAGCGAAUGCAGUUGAGCUUCCAUAGCUCACUCAAGUACCUGUGGCAGCGAGUUUUCCGUGGUCGUAGUUAUCGCCAUUUGAUGUUACAAGAAGGCUAUAAGUGACUCCAAUGAAUAUAUUGCUGGUUCAUCCUUCUGUGCCUCAGCAUUCUCUUUGACAGUUGCAAAGAAAUAAGGGAAACAGAACAGCAUGCUGAGAAUGAUUCUUUUGCUACUGGCACAUUGAUUGUGUCAAAGCGAGCCCUUGAUUUGAGGUGCCUGCAAACAGAGGACCCUCCAUUAACCUGUGUACACAUGAUUCCUUUUAGAUCGAGUGUUUCUAGUUGGCAAUGAAAAUGGGUCUCUCCAUCUGUGCCUGACGAAGGAUCCCCUCAUAUUAACUUGGGAGACUGUGCCCACUGACGGCGACUAAGAAUAAGAGAGUAGACAACUUGUAGCUGCAUAAGUAUUUCAAUACAGCAUUGAUAUUAGUAUGAUUAGCAUGUCUACUGAGAAUCGGAAAGUAAGUAGUCAUUUGCAGAGAGCCAAUGUCUUUUGCCAUCAUGGUUAGGUAUCCAAUCUACCUAUCCAGCUUUUUGCAAAUUGACAUAGUUGAUGUUUGUACAUUAUACUAUUCUUUUCAAUUCCAGUUAUGACAGUUUGAUGGUAAAGAGAAUGUGUUUCUGCGUA